GAUUCUUCUUCCCUCUCUCUAGCUAGUUUACAAUACUCCAUUAAUGGGAGUUCAAAUUGUACAAUGUAAUGGUGAGGAGAGUCCUAAUGAGAAUGAGAGGGCUUGGACAUUAGCCUAAAAAGUCCCGUGGUUUUCUCCCUUUCGGGUUUCCACGUAAAAACUGAGUGUUCAUACAUAUAUUUACUAUAUCGUGUCGGAUUAAACUCAACACUGGCGCCGUCUGUGGGAAUCUGUCCAAAAAGAUUCAUUUGUUCUACCAUUCUUGAGUUUCUACAAGAAAAAUGCAUUCGAAAAUGGACUGAUUCCAGUGGGAAAAAAAAAAGAAGAAAAAUGGAUUCUGAGAAGUCUAGAUCUGGGAAGAAAAAGAAAUGACUCAGAGGGAGGAAGAAACGAAGGAGCUGCGGAAAUUGGGAAGCCAAAUCUGGAUUUCUGUUUCCAGAUCUGUUUGAAGUCGCCGGAGCCGCCACCACCGUCCCCGCCGGCAGGAAGCCUCCGCGGUGUCAGCCGGCAUCAGACGAAGCUCGCUUCAGCACCCCAAAUCUCGUAACACCUGCGACACAGGUGCUCGUCACGCACAGCUGCUUCCACCGUCUCAAUCGCCUGUCCGCCGCUUGACGUCAACCAGCAACCGCUCGCCAACCCUCCACCUGGUGAACACCGCUCGAGCUUCCUCGAGCCUGCUGAGGCGACCAAGGGAUCUGCCAUUUGAGAGCUCCACGAUUUCCGCCAUUAAUGGCGGCUUGGAGCUCAAGGGAGGUACAUUUUUCAAGCCCCGCCGGACCCCACCAAGACCGGCCUCCGUCAUUUCCCUUGUGCCGCGAAAACCGCCGUACCGCCCUCUGUCCAGAAGUUACGGAGUGCUGCAUAUCACUCGAGGAGGGUGAAGGAUGGCACGUGAGGAGGGUGAAGGAUGGCAGAUGGUCAAGUUGGAGCAUUUUGACCAAGUCAAAAUUCCAAGGAAACCAAAUCAAUUUGACAUACUGGCCGAACUUCUACACCAAAGAUACUUUUGGCAUGGCAGACCUGGCCCCAGUCUUACCUCAUGAAGUGGGGAUAUUAAUCUUACUAAGGCUUGCACUUCAGAAGAGCUAAGUAUCACAUAUACUUCUCAUUUACCAAAUGACUAGUUUACAAUAAUAUUACUGCUAUCAGCUUUUUAUCACCAUUAUUUAUUAGGGAGUAAAGUUUCCCAAAAUUAAAUAAUGUCAGGCCAAGCUCGAAGCGAUAAUUAAUUUUCUCCAUCAUUUUAACUAACGAUUGGUUGUUAUGGGCCCGUCGGCCCGCUCUUGAUCAGCCUUAAUUAGCGAUCGGAGCAUAGCUGAAUGGCCUAUGGUAGGAUAAUACUAUUAUUACUACCCGUACAUCACUAUUAUUUAUUAGGGAUAAAAAUGUCCCAAAUUAAAUGAUGCGGAGCGAAGCUCUAGUGAUGGUGUUGAGGUUUAUUCUCGAAGAUCCGAAAGCCCAACACAAGCCUUGGAUAUUGUAGGGAUAUUGGGUUGGAUUAAAAUGUGUAUAAAAUAUAAAACAGUGAGAUAUUUGUUCAACUCAGAAGCUUAGUGGUAUUUAAUGAAUAUGUGAUUACACUAGAACUACCCGAACGGUAGAUGAAUAUGAGAUUACAAGGAUGGAAGAUGUAAAAUCUAUUGCUAAGCUCUGAGUAUUAAAAUGCUAACCCUUUACAAUGAUCUAAACAUGGAUAUUUAUACUAAAAUGGGGAUGGGUAAAGGUGGACACGUGGUCGAAUCUGGUAGGCUAUCACCUCUGCCAUGUAAGCACCCAUGCCCCCACUUGCUGCCGCCAUGAUCCAGCAUUAAAUGCGGCCUCCACUUGCUGAUUGCCCGUUCGGGCAAGGUGUUCGGUGUGUGGGACCCCGCCAUAGGUGAUAAUUCAACCUCAAGUAUCCCGAACGCCGAUCGAUAUUUGGGCCUUGAUACCCUGGCAUAAUCGUUACCCAGAAUGUUUCAAGUAUAAGUUUUAUCCCGAAUGCUGUUCGGGAGUUCUUUGGGCUUGCUGCUUCUUCCCGGAUUUGGGCCUAGGGAUAUUGGGCCUGGACCCAAUAUCCCAACACUAGUCCCCCACUUCCUAUGUCUCGAACGGUAGUGAGCGCAUAAGGAAGUAGAAGAUUAUUGCCCGAAUGCUGUUCGGGUGAGUAUCGGAUGGCCUUCCGCCGGUUCCCGAGGCAUGUUCUGACGGUUAUUUGCAACUGCCGUUUCGCUUCUCCGAUAAACGUCAUGAUUACUUGAGAAGGAUUCUCUGUGCGACACGUGUCUCUGUCAUCAUUACAAAAAACGUGUCCUCUUCUGAUUGGCAGCUGAAUCGGCGUGACAGAGUAUAAAUGGGCUCUUCUGGUUUUGAUUCUGGGUUUCGAAACUUCGCACCUCCGGCUUAUAAUUCAUCCUUGAAAGAGCUAUUCCUUAGUUCUUGCUCAGGUAUUUUCUGGCCUUGUGUUUUUCUUCUAUCCUCCUUGUUCGAUCGGUAUGGCAACCUGUCUUCGUUCCUCCGAGUGUUCUACCUCAAACGUUGAUCUCCCUGAGAAUACUCCUAGCCUGACACUGGAGGUUACUCCUAUCCCGGCGGAGGUCCCCCACGACGAUGCCUCUUCAUCCGGAACUUAUCCCGAUGGUACCAAAUCCGGGGAUGAAAUGGAGGCCAUGGAAGCCGGUCCCCCUAGCGGCGUUUCUUGCCAUAAGCUUGACCUAGCCCUAAUUAGGCUGAUGCGUCAAAAACUUACGGCCCAAAAUAGGGCCCAAAUCCAGAUGAUGAUCCCGGACUCGGUGGAUUUCCGACUCCAGGCCGGGCUUCACCCAAUGCGUCAUUUCCCUGGGAUGGUAGUGGUCCACUUUGACUCAAUUAGGGCCGGUCUUAGAUUCCCACUUCACCCCUUUUUUGUCUCCCUUUUAAAUUUUUACAAUGUAGUACCAGCCCAAAUGAUGCCGAACUCCUACCGGUCGAUAGCUGGUUUCAUUUGUCGUUGCCACAGUGUCAAGGUCACACCCACCCUAGAACUCUUCCACUAUUUUUUUCCGGUUAUCCCCCAGCAGUCCCACGGUUUUCUGGUGGUAAGCUCCCGACCAGGACACAUUUUGUUCUGCGAUGCCCCUUCUUCCAUCAAAGGUUGGAAAGAUAGGUUCUUCUUUGUCUCUGUCCCGAACGGUUUGAUUCCUAGGAAAUGGAACACAUUCCCUCCUAAAUCCCCCGAGCCAUUCAUCUCCGAAGAGCUUAGCAGAGAUGUCAUUGCUGUGGAGGCAGGAGGCUGCUUCAAAAUUAUGUCUUACCUGACUCCCGAACGGCUAAUUAAGGCCGGGAUAGGUACUGCCCGUAUUCCUGGACUUACUUGACUGAAAACCAAGUACCAUGGCCCGGGCGGUCCUUCCCGUGUGAUAUAAUUUUUUAAUCCACGUGUGAACCGCUCGGUACUAAUUUGUUCCUUUUGUCUUUUCAGCUCCAAAGCAAGGCGAAUCUUCAGAUUCCGAAGGAGCCAAUCCCGAACAACCGGCCAUGGAUGAUAGUAGGCUGUUCACUGCUGGACUUGAUGACGAGCCACCUUCUCCUCCCAAGCAGCAGAGGAAGACAAAAAGAAAAAGGUUGAGGAAGGCCGAUCAGGGCGCCUCCUCUCAAUCCGUCCCUCCCGUCCCCGAGCAGUCUGAACCUGUUCGGGAUGUAGAACCUGUGCAGCAGGUUGCCCCUGAGCAGCACACUCACGCUGACACGCUGAUGGAUCAGCUUUUUUCUGACCAGCAGUCCCACCAUUUCUCUGCUGAGGAGGUGGCUGCCCAUGAGGCUGACCUGGCUAGUCAGUUCGAGCGGAUCUCCCUCUAUGAUCCUGCUCAUGAAAUGCUGGAGAGGGGUGGCUGUCCAGCGAGCCAGAUCUGGUCCACCUCUGGUUUCCUUAAUGGACACAACCUUCCCCCAAUACCGGUGGAGGAAAUCGAGGAGUGCAUUGCCCUGACUGUCCUGAAGGCAGGGAUAUACAGCCUGAAGCUCAAGGAGACCAGGCAGGCCAAGGAACAAGGCUUGCUGAUGGCCAAGGAAACGGCCGAACAGGCAGCAGAGGCCGAACGGCGGGCUUUUGCUGAGGAGCGGAAGAAGCUAGAAGCCGAGGCAGGGGAGCUCCGUGUUAAAGUGGGCGCUCUCCAAGCCAAGAUUGCAGCAGCUGAGGCCGCUCAGAUCAAAUUUUCUGAGGCUCCUCCUCAGAUCCCGGACGGACCGGCCGAAAUGACAGUUGAUCUUUUCGCCGUUCGGGAUUCCUUCAAGGCUUCCGAGGAGUUUCUGGCUCUGAAGGAGAAGUAUGCCACCGAACAGCUCCCCGCUGUCUUCGGGAGGCAUUUGGAGAAAGUGGCCGGAGAGGAGCGCCAGAAGGAGGGGAUCAGGGUGCUUGAUCAGCAUCCUGUCACCAAGGAGUGGGCUGAUAUCCUUGCCCGGGGGAUCUAUAGUUCAGGCUGCCAACAUAUGCUCCAGCCUCUCCUCCCCCUCCUAGAAAAGCAUAUGGGCCGAUCAGUGCAAUCCUCCGACUUUCCCUCUGACCUCCAUCCGGGUCAUCUGAACGCCCUGAUGGCACAGAUGAAAAAGUGCCGGCGAGCCCUGGGGAUGGAGGUCGUGCAGAUUGUAGAUGAGGCUGAUGAAGACGAUGAUGAAGGCGAUGAAGAUCAUCCCGAACAAUAGAUUAGACAUUAUCUGUAUUACCUUUCCUUUGAAUCAGUAGUUUUUUGUACUUUCCGGCCAGUAGAGCCGAUGAAUAUACAACUUUUGCUUGCUCAUUUCGUCUUUGUGACUUUUACUGUACUUUGUAUUUGUUUUUCACCUAUCAAUUCGCCUCCGCAAUACGUUUCAUGUUGCUUUGUUCGGGUGAUCUCCAUAAUCUGAAGCGAUCAGGUCACCUGUUCGGGUGAACUCCUUGUUAAAUCCAGAAUUCAGGACUUGAUAAUCUUGUUAACACAUGUUGUGUAUAAUGAACCCGUUCAGUCUGUUCUUAUGAUCUUAAUAUAAGACCCUUGUGCCCUUUUCAUUCGUUCGUAAGCUCUCAUUCUAGCUGGAAAUUGUGUCCGGUAUUCGGGAUGUAUUUUUGCUCUCUUUGUUGCAUCUGUCAUAUUCUUCCAUGUUAGAUAACCAUACUGUUCGGGUACGCCCCUCAUUUUACCACCGUUAUAAAUUUCCUUCCUGUUCGGGGAAACGCUUGUAGCCCUUUUCUUUUAUCCCGUCUGGGGAGACGCCUUUAGAGGUUCGUGAAUUUUGCUGAUUUCAACCCCGUUCGGGUGUUCACCCACCCCAAAGGAUGCUUUAACUUCUCUCAGCCGCCUUGACACGUGUCUAUUAUUCAUUCGAAUUCCUGGCGGUUGUAUUUCCUUAUAUAAGGAUGCAGCUACUUUGUUUCAGUUUUUUCUGCUGCUUCUGAAUUCUUUCAAGCUUUCUCUCUCUAGAAUUUUCUCCGUUGUUCUAUGUCUGCCUUUUCUGGUUCGUCAGAUUCCGAAGAUAUGGCACCCACUUUGAUUCGUCUUUCAAGGGGAAAAGCUCACCCCAAAGAUCAAGGUACAUCUACCCGAUCGUCGGGUUCUAACGGGUCUUCUGCCUCACUUCAUCCCGAACAGCCCCUCCCUGAUGAUGGAUGUCAGUCGGGAGAUGACCUAGCCAUCUACAAUAAGGGCAUGCCUGAACGGCCCCCCCGUUAUAAUCUGAACUUCCAUUGCAUCAGGAAGCAACGUCAACGCCUCCCUGCUGAUGCAGAACAGACGCUCCGCCAAUUACUACCCCCCACCUCGUCAGUUCAAUGCGGGGUUCAUCAAACAUCCCAUGCGACACCGUCCGGGAUGUGUGUUGGUGCACAUGGAUGCCUUGGUUGCUGGUCUGCGGUUCCCGUUGCACCCUUUCAUUGUGGAGUUCCUCCGCCGGGUCUCAGUACUGCCAGCACAGUUCGUGCCUAGCACUUAUAGGAUCCUGAACGGUUUUAUCGUUUGGUGCCAUGAGUUGGGAAUUGCUCCUAGCGCCGACCUCUUUUUGCACUGCUACGGCGUCCAGCCUUAUUGGACCACCGGGUACCUGCGGCUUGUCGCCCGCCCUGGCCGUUCGCUCUUUACCGACAACCCCACCCCGCCAGAGAAAUGGGAGGAACGAUUUUUGUUCGUUCAUGUGGGGUCGCCGCUUCCUUUCCCUGAUCGGUGGAACACCUACCCCGUUCAGGAUGCCUCCCCAAGGGUGGAUGCAGCUAUUCUCUGCCAGUAUGAAAGACUUCGUCUGGCCGGUUCCAAGAACUUACGGUCCUUCUUGACUCCCGCUAAAAUGCUAGCUGCUGGCAUCGGUAAGAUUCUUCCAUUAUUUUGUUCAUUCGGUAUAUUUAUCAACAUCUUGUUCAUUUUUCUUCGUUCUUUCUUGUAGGCGUGAUUCCCCCCGUUUCCAUAAAGCGUCCUGCUCCUACUCCUUCCUCCACCGCCAUAGUCAGCAAGGGAAAGGAGAAGGCUAUUCAGUCCGGUUCUUUUGCUGCCCGGGAAUCUGGGCCUGUUAGCAAGCGGCCAAGAAUUGAGAGCAGCAGCGCAUUGGUCCCGAUCGAUCAGGUCAUUGAUCUGACGGACCCUUCUGUGGAAAGGAUGCCUCCGGUCCCCUCCCCUUCAACGAAGCUGGGCAACAGGGGAGGUGUUGCUUCAGAUAGUCUCCCGAUCCCUGAUCGGUUGACGGUGGAGUUUUCUGCCAUGGGCCCCCGAGCCGAAUGCCGGACGCUGUUCGGGCAGACUGCAUCAUCCGUGUGGUGCAGUACCUCUCUAAAGGCUGGUGAGGGUUUCACCAACCUGACUCACUGGUCCGACCUAUUUGAAGCAGGCCACGCUGAGUCCCUUAAGGUAUCCUUUGACUGUUCAGUUCUUCCUCCUCAUAACAUUUUUUUUUUUUUUUGGACUUGUUCUUACUGCUGUUCCUUUUUCCACAGGCCGGUACAUACUAUCACCGGGCCUUCCUAGCAGCUGAACGGGAGAUGACCCUCCUUCAUCAGGAGCUGGACGAGAGCCAAACCCUUUUGGCUGCUGCUAGGAAGAUGGCUGCAGAUCUCCAAGAUCGAGCCAACAAGGGUGACAAAGCCAGGGAGGAGCUGGCCGAACUGGAGCAGAGGCUCCAACGACGCGAUCGGGAAAUCCGUGAUCUGCGUGCCAAGGUGAAGGUUGCCGAAGCUGCUGGCCUGAAAAUUGAGAAAGCCAAGGGGGAUAAUCCCCCUGCCCCCUAUACCGCCGAUGUUUCCAAAAUCACCACGAAGGCGGUGAUUGACUUCCAAAGGGGGAAAGGCCUGAACCUCGCCCUAGAAAAUACUGUUCGGGAGUUCCUCGGCAAGCAUCUGGGCGAAUUCCUAGAGAGAAGUAAGGACCCAUUACAUGAUGGCCUCAAGCUUCUUGAUGAGACCCCGUCCGGGACAGCCUUCGCCAAUGCUCUAGCAAAGGACACCCUUGUUAAGUGCCAGGAUAUGCUGGUCGAUCGGAAUCUGGAGGUGAUCAAGGAAUCGUUUGAUGAACCCUUCGACCCCAAGGAGGAAGGUUUUGAUCCCUUAUUCUGCCGUGCUUAUCAACGGGUGAUGGAGAAGAGGCACAAGGCUAAAGAUUCAGCCAACCCCCCAAACUCCGAUGCUGUGCCGAAUAAGGAUCCUCCGUAGCUUAGCUCUCUUUAUUGUAAUCCCCUUUUCUUUUUCUUAUGUAUUAUUCCCGGCCAGUAGUGCCGAAGAAUAAAGAUUGAUCUAUUUCCGAAUGACUGGCUUCCCGAACACUAAUUUUUUUUUUUUUACAAGUCAGCAUCAUGAUUGAGAUGUAAGCUGUUCGGCCCGUCCCUAACACCAAAGUUGAGGUGCAAGCUGUUCGAUUGCUUUCCGUCGGUUGUUCUUUGUUUCCUGAAUGCGCAAGACAUAAUGUUUAACGCCUGCUGUACCCCCAAGCACCAUGUUUCAGAUGCAUGCCGUCCGGUUUAUUACCGUGGACUGGUUGUUCCCUGAACGCGCAAGUCAUCAAUGUUAAAUGCUUGCUGCGCCCCCGAGCACCAUGUUUCAGAUGCAUGCCGUCCGGUUUAUUACCGUCGACUGGUUGUUCCCUGAACGCGCAAGUCAUCAAUGUUAAAUGCUUGCUGCGCCCCCGAGCACCAUGUUUCAGAUGCAUGCCGUCCGGUUUAUUACCGUCGACUGGUUGUUCCCUGAAGGCUAAAGUAACCCGUUCGGGUUAUCAUCUGCGUUUUUCCUUAUCCGCAAGGCAAUCACCUCUUGCUGCAAGACAGUUUCACAAUUCGUGUAGUGUCUGCCAUCUUCCAAGCCCAUAAUUUCGAUGCAUACCGUCGGUUUUACCGUCCGGGGUCAUCCAUAUCAUGAGGUUGAGAUGUCCAUCCUGGACCGUUGAGAAUAAGGCUCCCAAUUCGGGUCUCCCCCUUAUUCUCUGCCAAAAUGGAGACUCGCCUCCAGGAUACAGCUCGGGUUCCACCACCAUAAGGUUCGGGCGAGCUGUAUGGCCAAGGCAAGAUUUUAAGACCAGAGUCCCGAUCCCCCGCUCGGUCACCCUAUGACUUCGGAUGCCGCCCGGUUCGUCCUACUCAAGAUCUUUUACACCAUCUCCCAAGCUGAGUAUUUUUUUUUUUUUUUUUUGUGCUGAGAUGAUGGCUCCCCGUGGAUCGAGAUGAAUGACAUCUAUGGAUCAGGGUGAGACUUUUGGCCGAGUUUGUGGUGAUGCCGUUCGGCUUGUUGAUGCCGUUCGGCUCGCAAUAUUUCUCUUAACUCUGGCCUCUUUGGAAGCAUUGUUCUCCCUCUCUUCUCUUUUUUUUUUCUUUUUCUUUUUUUUUUCUUUUUCUUUUUUUUUUUUUUUUUUUCCAGAGGUGGCAACAGCCGUUUUUAUUGAUAAAAUUUCCGCAAGUGCGUAGCGUUCCAUAUCCCUGCCGGACAGCCUUCUGUAUCCUGUAGGGAAAAGGUCCCCAUCCGGUAUUUUUUCCAGACCCGGUAUGGUCCCUCCCAAUUCUUUGACAUCUUCCCGCCCUCUAGCGGUUUGCUUUUCUCUCUAUUUCUCAGGACAAGGUCUCCGACUUCAAUCGAACAGAUUUUAGCCUGUUUAUCCACAUACCUCUUAGUCGCCUGGUGAUAUUCUUCCAUUCGUAAAGCUGAGAGAUCCCUUCUUUCCUCUAUGAAAUGGAGUUCAGCACGCAGGUUGUCCUCAUUCUGCUCAGGAUCAUAGUGGAUGGUUCUGUGAGUGGGCACCAAGACCCCAGUUGGGACCUUAGCCUGAAAUCCAUAAGCGAGGGCGAACGGUGUCUCCCCGGUUGCUGUUCGGGGGGUUGUCCUGUACGUCCACAAGACGUAGUUUAACUGCUCGGGCCAGGUUGACGUGUAAUCUUCGAGUUUCUUUUUUAUACCAUCCAUGAUGGUUCUGUUCAUGUUCUCUACCUGCCCGUUCGCCUGUGGGUAUGCUACGGAAGCUCUUGAAUGCCUGAUUCCCCAUCUGGUGAGGAAUUCCUCGAAGUUCUUGCUCACAAACUGCCGUCCAUUAUCCGUGAUGACCUGCUCAGGCAGCCCGAAUCUGCAUAUAAUAUUUUGCCAAACAAAACGUUGACAUUGAAAAUCCGUGAUACUGGCCAGGGGUUCGGCUUCCACCCAUUUGGUGAAGUAAUCAAUCCCCACUAUGAUGUACUUCCUUGCUCCGGACGCAUUAGGUAGGGGCCCUAGCAAGUCAAUCCCCCACCUAGCGAAUGGUAACGAUAUGGUCAUCGGGGUGUAAAAAGUUGCAGGCCGCCCGGGUACUGGUGCGUAAAGCUGGCAUACCUUGCACUUCCUUGUGUGUUCGAAACAAUCCUGUUGAAUCGUUG